GUUGUAUCGCAGCGACCAUCAUUCUCGUCACGCCGGCCGACACAGUCGCACGGCACUCGUCACAGGUAGACGCGGUGCACCGACGGUUGGGGGACGGAAACGAAAUUCGCUAAGAGGAGAAAAACAAAAACUACGGAAAACCAUACGGACGACGACGACGGCUGUACGAUUUUAUCGACUUUCCUCGAGACGAUUUCGAUAAAAACAAUACUGUUGCGUUAUUGCCGACGCGAGUGCACGUCGAGACCACACCGCGUCCGUACUAUAUUUUAAAUUGCAGCUGAAGCGUUGCGGUGCGUCGUACGACUGGUGAGUGCGGACAACACGAGCGGGACCACGACCAGACACCGCGGCACGUGUUCCUGUCAUUCGCACGCGGAACCUCUGCCGUGCGGUAGCCUACUCGUCGACCGACUCUCCGCCGACCACGGAUCGACCGAUCGCCGUAGUCACGCGGACCUCACGCCGACGUCGUCGAGAUGACCAACCAGCCGACCAUCGUGAUCAAAAACCCAACAUGGUGGAAAAGGAGGACAAACUUGGAACGCAACCUGACCAUUGUAGCCGGUGGAAUGCUGUUGACGUCCUCGUUCCUCGCUCUAGCCCUGUCUACGCUGUAUUUUAACCACAACUGCAAUAUGGAGAGUCUCCCGUCGAUAUCGGCUGAGAACAAUGGUUUGAUCGGUAAAGCUCGGGGCAGAAGUCUCUUUCAGACCAGGGAACAAGAAAAGGACAACAUUUGUCUGACUGCCGGUUGCGUGAAAGCUGCGGCCGCCGUCAUCAACAACAUGGAUCCGUCGGUAGACCCUUGCGAUGAUUUCUAUCAGUUCGCGUGUGGAAAUUUCAUAAAGGAAACACUCAUCGAUGAUGACAAAACGUCCCACACGACGUUCAGUGCAAUCAGCGACUCUCUGUUGAACAAACUCCGGAUGAUCGUCACCGAACCUAUUCAACCGAACGAACAGAAACCGUUUAAAAUGGCCAAGUUGCUCUACAAGUCUUGCAUGGACAAAGAGAAAAUCGAAAAGCAAGGUUUGGGACCGAUAAAACAAAUGUUGAAAAGCCUCGGCGGAUGGCCUGUGCUGGAAGGUGACAAAUGGAACGAAGCCGAUUUUACAUGGAAGGAUAGCGUAUACAAGUUCAGAACCGCGGGUUACAGCGUGGACUAUUUCAUUGACUUCUCCAUCAGUACCGAUUUAAAAAAUACAACGACCAGAGCAAUUGACUUGGAUCAAGCUUCCUUGGGAUUGAGCAGAGAAUAUCUGGUCAAAGGUACCGACGAAAAGAUUGUGUCCGCGUAUUACCGGUACAUGGUAGAUAUUGCAAUGCUUUUCGGUGCCGAUCGCCAGAGAGCUGUUAAGGAGCUCAGAGAGUCGUUGGACUUUGAAAUAAGUUUGGCCAAAAUAUCGCUACCCCUGGAAGAACGCAGGGACGCGGCUAAACUGUACAACCCGAUGAAAAUUGACGACCUGCAACAAAAGUUCCCAAGCAUACCGUGGCAUGAGUACUUAAAUAAACUUUUGAACCCGCUGACAAUUAGACAGGACGAUAUCAUUAUUGUUAACUCUCCGAAAUACUUGACGGACCUCGAAGCCAUUUUAAGCACGACACCGAAAAGAAUCCAAGCAAAUUAUGUGAUUUGGAGGGCUGCCGCAGCAUCUGUGGGUUAUUUAACAGAAGAAAUGAGGAAAAGACAAUUGGAAUACAGUACCGAGUUAUCCGGAAGAACCGAGAGGGAGCCUAGGUGGAAGGAAUGCGUCGACAUAAGUUCGGGAAGUUUCUCGUUGGCUAUCGGGUCGUUGUACGUACGACGGUUUUUUGACGAAAACGCUAAGAAAAAUGCUUUAGAAAUGGUCAACGGAAUCAGAGAAGAAAUGUACAAAAUAUUGGGAACCGUCGAUUGGAUGGACGAAGAAACAAGGAAAAACGCGAUAGACAAAGCAAAGUCGAUGUCCACUCACAUCGCGUAUCCCGACGAGCUGCUGGAUGACAAAAAACUGAACGAAUUUUAUUACCAGCUCGAAGUCAACGACGAAGAUUAUUAUACAUCAAUAUUGAAUCUGACCAAAUUCGGGACGGACUAUAGUUUUUCGAAGUUAAGGCAACCUGUCAACAAAACCGAUUGGAUCACGCACAGCAGGACUGCGAUCGUGAACGCGUUUUACAGCGCUAUCGAAAACAGUAUUCAGUUCCCGGCCGGCAUCCUGCAAGGUGCUUUCUUCUCCAGCGACCGUCCGCGGUACAUGAACUACGGUGCCAUUGGGUUCGUGAUCGGUCACGAGAUCACCCACGGUUUCGACGACCAAGGUAGACAGUUCGACAAAGAGGGCAACCUGGUCGACUGGUGGGCGGAGGAAACGAAGAAACGCUAUUUAGAGAAGGCGUCGUGCAUCAUCAAGCAGUACGGAAAUUACACGGCUCAAGAAGUCGGUCUCAAGCUGAACGGCAUCAACACGCAGGGCGAAAACAUUGCCGACAACGGGGGCGUGAAGGAAGCGUACUACGCGUACAACGUGUGGACCAAACGGAACGGCAUAGAACCGCGGUUACCGGGGCUGCAGGACUACACACCACAGCAGAUGUUCUGGGUGAGCGCGGCCAACGUGUGGUGCUCCAAGUACCGGCCGGAGACGCUCAAGAACCGUAUCACCACCGGGUUCCAUUCGCCCGGGCGGUUCCGGAUCAUCGGGCCAUUCUCAAACCUGGAAGACUUCAGCCACGAUUUCAAAUGUCCGCUGGGCUCCAACAUGAACCCGGUGAAGAAGUGCCAAGUUUGGUGAUCGUGCCGCGCCCUUCUCCUGACCCACUCUGUCCCCGAUCGUUGCCGGUGGUACAUAACCGCACGGUUAUCAACACAUAUUAAACGCGUGCCCUCACCCUUUCACUCCCUCGCCCCUCCUUGUAAACGCCGUACACGUCAGUGAUCCACGCGCGAUCCGUCCAUUCCAUAGAUCCAGAGUCAUUCGACCCCCCCCCCUUAAUAAACCACGAAUGGUUCUGACCGUCCGAAGCCCGUCCGUCGUUUCCCCGCGAAAAACCGAUCCACACAACCCUCCCACGAGCUUUAUCUGUGGUAAUUUAUUUAUACAAUUAUUAUUAUUAUUAUUAUUAUUAUGUAUUCAAACUUUGUGGUAUUGUAUUAUUAUUUU